CUCGGGGCGGGGGGGAGCGCUCCGUGUGCGCGGGGCCGCGGGCACCGGCGCUGCCCGCCGGAACAAUGCUGCCUCCCGGCCGGGCGGCGGGGCCGUGUCACGCCGGGGCACCGGGCGACCUCUUCCCCGCGCCGGCAGACGGCAGCCCCCGGGGCGGCGGUGGUGGUGGCGGCGGCCGGCGCCGCGCUCGCAUCCCCCUUCGCCCUUUAUUUCUGCGCGUCCUUGUUUCUCGCUCUGCUGAGGCUGGUGAACCUCCUUCCUCUAAAGCGGUGCUCUCGGGCGUGCGGAGCCUCCUCUCAGCUAAAACUUGUCUGGAGCGAUUCAGUCCCACGGAGAGUUCUGUAAAGUUCCGGGAAGCGGGGAAAAAAUGCAGGGUAUCUCACUGGCUUCGGGUUGCUUUUUGAUUGUAUAACGCUGCCGACUCAAAUGAGUAUUUUCUAGGUGAUGAGAUUUUUGUUAUCGCCUGCCUUUUAUGCCUCUAGCUCGAUACAUCUGCAGUUCCAAUCUCGACGACGUUUAAAGCUUAAGCUAUGGAGGAGGACACUCAUCACAUUCAGAAACAGAUCUUCUUCACAGACAGACAUACACAGCUUCUCAUCAGGUUCCUGGAUACUCUACUACGCACCAUCCUACUGGUCUUUCAGGAAUAUUUGAUACCAGUAUGCACAGUGCUGGAAGUAACACUAAGGAAACUUCUUCAGUUAUGAAUUUUCUCUCUGCUAUUGAGUCUCGUACCGCUCAGGCAGUCUCUUCAGGAUCUACCCUUUUACCACAAUUCAGGGCUCCUUCCUGGCAGACAGGUAUGCAUUCCUCAACAGCCACAGAACUAUUUGUUACUGGAGCUUUGCCAACCUCUGGAACAUUUCCACCAACAUCUGCUUUAUCAGCAUAUCAGCAUCCCAACACUUUCAGCAGUAGAAACUUUGCUACUACCCCUUCUCUUACUCUUCAAGAUACUACUUUCAGUGCUACAUCAAAUGGUCUUUUAACUACCCAUGAUCCUUUAUUACAGAUUAAAACAUCGCAAGGCACUGUUCCAACUGCUUUGACAUUUGAGCGCCUAGGCAGUUCUGUUUUAAGUACCAGUAUACCACCUCAGUCAUCAACAUAUCGUUCUGCUCAAGAAUCUGCACCCCAUCUUCUGCAACCUCAAUUUAGUUUGUUGCCUUCAACCCUUGGAGGAGCUCAGCAGGUUUCUCAGGCAUAUAGCACAUCUGUCUUUACUGGUUCCACUGCUUCUAUCGAUAGAGCACUUCAGCGAGAAUGUAGUGUUAUUAAACACCAUCAGCGGCCUUCAAGUACUCAGUCUGUUCAGGCUCAACUGACUGUUUCACAGCAUUCCUUACACAGCUAUUUAACGAGUACAAGUGGAGUUAAUUUUCAGGAUACAUCUAGGCACUCAGCAUUAUCUUGCAGUCCAGUUGGAGAUGUUACUCAGGUGAGCAAUGGAGGACCACAGCAGAAGACUUCUCAAGUCACAGUGGAACUUGCUCAGUCGUACACAUCUGCAAUUCCAUCACCUGGUUUUCCAUCUGCUUCCACAGCAAAAGUGAAAAACUGUUCCACGAAGCAGCCUCCAAGGUCAACGAAGACCCCCAAACCUCAAAGUGUAGCUCCCACUGUGCAGACACAAAGCUAUGCCAAAACUGCACAAAACCAGAGUUCUGUCAUUACAGGCCAAGCACAGAUCUAUUCUACAGCACAGCUCCCAAGCCUCUUGUCGGUCAGCCAGUCCCAAAACUAUGUUUCAUCCCAGGCUCAGAAUGUGCCACCUGUCAGUCACUCACAGGAUUUCUCAUCCAGCAAGGUUGAGAAGCUGCCCUCACUGUAUAAAACGUUGACUUUUUCUGGGCAAUCGCAGACUAUUACUUCUGAUAGUCAAACUCUGAGUUACUCCUCAGAGGAACAGGUAUUGACUUCAGUUCCAAAUGAGAACUACUCUGGGCAAACGAGGGAACUUUCUUCAGUCAGCCAAUCUCAGAGCUACUCUUCUAGUCACUCUCAGGGUUUAUCUCCAGUUAGCCAAUCCCAAGUUAGUUUUUCAUCUCAAUCACAAGUUUUAUCAGCUGUUAGUCCUUCAGAAAGCUAUUCUUCAGGGCAGUCUUUAACAUUAACAUCACCUUCCCUUUCCUUUAAUGCUUCUCCUCGGAUACAAACUCUUCCAGCCUCAAGUCCUAAUCAGAGCUAUAUUUCUUUACAUUCUUCUCAGAACUCUCAGUCACAAGAAUCCUCCUCUCCGCAGUCUCAGAAGUUUUUGCCAUCUGUCCAGUCUCCUCCUUUUACUUCCCCAGCUCAUUCACAGACACUGCAGAACAACAGGCCUUCCUCAGAAACAAAGUCAUACGUUAAAAGGAAGUCUGACUCUAAUUUGUAUGCCUCAUCAAAACAAGAGGAGGAAUUAUCAGUGCAGGAUAUGCAGGCAUUGCAACAGCAAGCUACUCUUGAAUCUUCCACUCAAAGGCUAACUGAUGAGGAAAUCAGUGCUCAGGAUGCAUCCUAUAGGGUCUCAAAGGCAGAUGACAGAUACUCUCAAAGUGUAAUCAGAAGUAACUCUCGUCUUGAAGAUCAAGUUGUUGGACUUACUCUUCAAGGAACAAAAAAAGAUGAAAGAAUGGUCAAUUCUGUGGAACAGCUUUCCCAACAUAUUGGCCAUAUCACUAGCCUAAGCCAUGAUAUAAAAAAGACAGCUAAUUUAAUGCAAACAACACAAGUAACUGUAAGCGCUAAAGAACUAAACCAGCAACGUUCUCUUAUGCAUAAGGUACAUGAAAGUAAAGCUCAAGAACAGCAAGGCCAAGUCAUUAAUACACCAUCGCAGGUUCAACCUCAUGCUUUAAGACAUGGUCAUCAGCUGUGUUUGCCCAGUGCACAGGUACUUCUGGAGUCAGCCUGUGACUUGCAGAUUCUUCAUCAGUCAAUACUGCAGUCAGGUUUAGGACAAGCAAAGGCAUCACCGCAAGUGCAAAGAAUACAGAGUCCUCAACAGGUGACACAUCCGUUCCUUCAGAUGGAUGGGCAUAUUAUUCAAAGUAAUGGGGGUCAUUCUCAGCAACAGCUUCAUACUCAGAAUUCAGAAGUAAUGAAAAUGGACAUUUCUGAGCCCUCAAAACCACUACAGCAGCAUUUGACAACAAAAGAUCAUUUUACUCAGACAAAUCAACAUGAUUCAAAAAAUCAGUUUGUUUCUCUUAGUUCAAUAUGUUUCCCAGAAUCUAUACUUCUCAGUGAUGAGAGGAAUAUAUUAUCCAACGUAGAUGACAUCUUAGCAGCAACAGCAGCAGCCUGUGGAGUGACACCAUCUGAUUUUGCCAAGUCAGCUUCCAAUGAAGAAGAAAUCCAGUCUGUUGAAAAUAAGGAGGAGUCUAAACCACAGUUCCGAUCAAUGGAAGUAAGACAUGUGUCUUCUGGUUUCAGUGCCUCACCUACUGUAGUUGGAAAGCCAGCAAGCAUAAGUAAUAUUUCUCUGAACGGAGGCCAAAUUACUAUAAAUCUUACACCAGUGUCAGCAAUACAAACAAAACCUGUGAACCUUGAUCAACAACACAUUGAAACGCCUGAUCAAAACAUACCAACAAGAAUGACCUCUCCCACCCUUGGCCCUGGUCAAGAAGAGCAAGAACAAGGGGCUGUUCCAGUUAAGAAACAAUCUAGCAUCAGUCACGAAUCUGAAGAAGAUAAUGAUGCUUCUGCUGAUGGCACACUGAAUGCAAGAGACACAGAAUUUGUUUCAAGCGGUAAGAGCCUAAGUGAAGAAAGUGCUGCUUCAGAGAAUGAUUUUAAUAUGGGUGGUGAUGAAGGUACAGUAGCAGGUAACCAGUCAAAGGGUCCAUUGCAGCCACUAUCUGUGCCCCAAAGUGGAGAUGGAACCAUUAGUAGAACUGAAGAAGAAUGCCAAGAUUUAACUCAAGGGAACCUUCAGAAGAAAAAAAGCAAAGGAAAAAGCCAAAACAAAAAUGCUGCAGAAGAUGACAGUGCAAUUCAGAAACAGGUGAAAAGAAGUGGACAGUGUAAACGUCAAAAUUCAAGAGGAAAUGACUCAUGUUUGACAUACUCUUCUCCUGUUUCCGAAAGUUGUUAUGAUACUUACCAGCAUCAGGAAAGAAUGAGGCAAAAAAUUAAAGAAGUUGAAGAAAAACAGCCUGAAGUCAAAACAGGAUUUAUUGCAUCUUUUUUAGACUUUCUAAAGUCUGGGCCUAGGCAACAGUUUUCAGCUCCAGCUGUACGAAUGCCAAACAGGACUAGGCGACCGGUUACCCAGAUAAUUCGCGCCCCUUGCCUACAGUCCUCUGCAAAGCCUCAGCCAGCAGCAGCAGCACCUGUUGCUGCUGAGGUUAGUGGAGAAAGUCCAACCAAAAAAGUUGAUGAAGAACUUAAGAAAAAUUUAGAAACGUUGCCUUCAUUUUCUUCUGAUGAAGAUGAUUCUGUGGGGGGUAACCACGAUCUUCAGAAGAGCAUCUCUACUGCAUUGUCAGCCCUGGAUGAUACAUCUGAUAGAAAGAACAAAGCAGAAGCUGAAAAAGUGGCAGUUGUUACUGCUGCCACCAGUGCCACUACUGCUGUAAUAAAGCAGGAGUCUCCACAGAUGACUGCUCCUGUAGUCAAUGUGCAGGAGAAAAUGAAUCCAGCUGACCCCUUAAAAGUAGCUCAACAGGAUGCUGUGACUUCAGACCAAUUGGCAAAAAUACAGGCAACUGUUGCAAUAGAAGGAUGUACUGAUGAGGAGAAUAUGGACAGUGGAGGAGAGGGCAUGUACAGAGAACGUGAUGAAUUUGUAGUGAAGAUUGAAGAUAUAGAGACGCUAAAGGUUGCUCUGCAAACAGGAAAAGAGCCUCCAGCUAUUUGGAAAGUACAGAAGGCUUUAUUGCAAAAGUUUGUUCCUGAAGUGCGAGAUGGACAGAGAGAAUUUGCUGCUACUAACAGUUAUCUUGGGUAUUUCGGGGAUGCAAAAACAAAAUACAAACGAGUGUAUGUGAAGUUCAUUGAAAAUGCAAACAAAAAGGAAUAUGUCAGAGUAUGUUCAAAAAAACCACGAAGCAAACCUGUACAGUCAGCAAGGACUAUUCAUUGCAAACCUAGUAGCAGCAACAACAAAACCCCUGAUCCACCAACACCAAAACCAACAGCAACAAAAGUCUCUUCUGUGAAACCCAAAGCUAAACAGCCAAAGGUAAAGGCUGAACCACCACCAAAGAAAAGGAAAAAGUGGAAAGAAGAAUUUUCAUCUUCCCAGUCUGAUUCUUCACCUGAGGCCCAGAGUGAUGAGGAUGAGCUUGUACCUCCAGCUCCCCUUGUUACUCGCUUUUUGAACACAAGAGCUAUGAAAGAGACUUUUAAGAGCUACAUGGAGUUGCUUGUUAGCAUUGCCUUGGAUCCAGACACAAUGCAAGCUUUGGAAAAGAGCAAUGAUGAGCUACUUUUGCCUCACAUGAGAAAAAUUGAUGGUAUGCUGAAUGACAAUAGGAAAAGGCUGCUUUCCAAAUUACGCUUGGAUCAUACUUUCAAGCAUGGAUGGUUGGGAAAAGUGUGGAUAACAAGCCCAUAUUACAGCAGCUUUGACACAGUAAUAAAAACCAGGUCUGGAUGUGGACAGGGAAGAGAGCAGCCGUACCAUCUCAGUAGAGAGAAGAAUGCUUUGGAAAACUUUCCUGAACUGACAGUGGUCACUCGGGAUUCUAAGACAAAAAGUGGAGGAACAUCUGUGUCCAAGAUCAAAAUGAAUGGUAAAGCUUACAACAAGAAAACACUGAGGGCUUCUAAAUCAACCACUAAAUUAGCACAGGAGUUUACGGUAGAUCCAGAAAAAAUACAGUUGUAUUCUUUGUAUCACUCACUCCAUCAUUACAAAUAUCACAUAUAUCUAACAUGUAAAGAAGAGAUUUCUUCUGUUCAGAAGAAGAGUGCAGAUCUAGGACAGGAAGAAAUUGUGCAGUUGUGCAUGAAAAAUAUAAAAUGGGUGGAGGAUCUUUUUGAAAAGUUUGGUGAACUUUUGAAUCGUGUCCAGCAGAAAUGCUCAUAACAAAAAUGUAUCCCAAAUAUCACAUUUUUCUACAGCACUAACCUGAUGGAACAGAAAGCUCAGAGAGAGGCUCUGAUUUCUUUUACAAUGCCAGACUGCGUUCUUGUUCGUAGCCAUUUUUAUUUCUCUUUAUGGAACUUUGUGCCUUGGCUCUUGCUAAGGAAAAGAGAUGCUGCCAAGCAUUUGGAGAUGGAACUAAAUGUAAACCUAACCACAUUUUUAACCUGAAGAAUUAUUUUCUAUUUUGUAAACUAUUGGAUAACUUAGUUUUAUUUUCAGAAACGUUUUUGACAAGUGAUAAACCAUGCACUACAUAUACUUUUUUCUUUAUUGCUAAAAAGAUAACAACACUUAAAAUACUACAGAUUUUUUCAUCCCGACUAAGCAACAGAAAAGUCAGCAUUGGGGUGAACUAAUUUUUACAUGUCUGGCCACCAAAUUUAGAGUUUUGUACAUUUUGUGAACAGAGCCGGAGUGACACCAGUUUCUGCAUAAGUAUAUUGCCAUCAUAAAAUCCAGAAAUGUCAUUAUGCUUUAUGGACUCCUUUUACUAUUGUCAUGUUCAGGAGACUGAACAUGGAGUUGGUGCAAUCCUAUGACUGCUUUUUGUGUCAAAUUAUAUUGUAAUGAAAGACAAUGACCUUAACUAUUUUCCCUGUUUUGAAGAAAAAAAAUAUUUUCCUUUAUACUGUGUUUUUUUUUCUUUUGGAAAAAAAAUUUCAAUUGUACAUUUUAUCUCACUAAUAGUUGUAUUUUUCACAGAGAAAAUAUUGUGGUUAAAAUUGUUUCAUGUAUCUUUGUAAUACACUUUCCAUUGUUUUCAGUAAAUCCUAUUCAUUUAUAUGUUGAUUUCAUAUUGUAAACUAUAUAUCUCGAGGUAACCCUUUUGUUUAUACAGGUUUGCUUCAGUGUUAACCAGAAUAAUGCAUACUAGACUAGUUUUGCUUUAAGUGUAGUUGUGUUAGACACUGCAGUUAUAUUCUGAUACGUGAAAAUAAAUUUUUUACUAAACUA